UUCCAUCAUAUAAAAAUAUAUAUCACAAUGUGUGGUAUACUUGCUGUUCUUGGUUGUUCUGAUGACUCUCGAGCUAAAAGGGUCCGUGUCUUAGAGCUUUCUCGUAGACUGAAGCACCGUGGCCCUGACUGGAGCGGGCUCCAUCAACACGGUGACUGCUAUUUGGCACACCAACGAUUGGCUAUAGUUGAUCCUGCUUCUGGGGAUCAACCUCUCUUUAAUGAAGACAAAUCCGUUAUUGUCACGGUAAAUGGAGAGAUUUAUAACCAUGAAGAGCUCAGGAAACAACUGCCUAAUCACAAGUUCCGAACUGGAAGUGACUGUGAUGUUAUUGCUCACCUGUAUGAGGAACAUGGAGAAAACUUUAUGGACAUGCUGGAUGGUAUCUUUUCAUUUGUUCUACUGGAUACCCGUGACAACAGUUUCAUAGUGGCUCGGGAUGCUAUAGGGGUCACUUCACUGUAUAUUGGUUGGGGAUUAGAUGGCUCUGUUUGGAUUUCAUCAGAAAUGAAAGGCCUGAAUGAUGAUUGUGAACAUUUUGAGUGUUUUCCACCCGGUCACUUGUACUCCAGCAAAGAAAGAGGGUUCCGCAGAUGGUAUAAUCCUCCUUGGUUCUCUGAGGCUAUUCCAUCAGCCCCUUAUGAUCCUCUUGCUUUGAGGCACGCCUUUGAGAAGGCAGUCAUAAAAAGGUUGAUGACUGAUGUGCCUUUCGGUGUUCUACUAUCCGGAGGUUUGGACUCUUCAUUGGUUGCAUCCAUCACUUCUCGCUACCUGGCAAACACAAAGGCUGCUGAACAGUGGGGAUCAAAAUUACAUUCAUUCUGCGUAGGCCUUGAGGGCUCACCAGAUCUGAAGGCUGGAAAAGAAGUUGCAGACUAUCUAGGAACUGUCCACCAUGAGUUUCACUUUACUGUUCAGGAUGGCAUAGAUGCCAUUGAGGACGUUAUCUACCAUGUUGAAACAUAUGAUGUGACUACAAUUAGAGCAAGCACACCUAUGUUUCUUAUGUCUCGAAAGAUUAAAUCACUUGGUGUCAAAUGGGUAAUCUCUGGAGAAGGAUCUGAUGAGAUCUUUGGCGGGUAUCUCUAUUUCCACAAGGCACCCAACAAGGAAGAGUUUCACAAAGAAACAUGUCGCAAGAUCAAAGCACUCUACCAAUAUGAUUGCUUGCGAGCCAAUAAGUCAACAUUUGCUUGGGGUCUAGAAGCCCGAGUACCAUUUUUGGACAAGGAGUUUAUCGAUGUUGCAAUGAACAUUGAUCCUGAGAAUAAAAUGAUAAAACGAGAAGAAGGACGAAUUGAGAAAUGGGUUCUGAGGAAGGCCUUUGAUGAUGAAGAGAAUCCUUAUCUGCCAAAGCACAUUUUAUACAGACAGAAAGAACAAUUCAGUGAUGGUGUUGGCUAUAGUUGGAUUGAUGGCCUUAAAGCCCACGCUGCAAAACAUGUGAAUGACAAAAUGAUGCUUAAUGCUGGUAAUAUCUUCCCCCUCAACACCCCAAAAACCAAGGAAGCAUAUUACUAUAGAAUGAUCUUUGAGAGGUUCUUCCCUCAGAACUCAGCCAAGCUCACUGUUCCUGGUGGAGCAAGUGUUGCAUGCAGCACGGCCAAAGCUGUUGAGUGGGAUGCUGCCUGGUCCAACAACCUUGAUCCUUCUGGUAGAGCAGCACUUGGAGUGCAUGUUUCAGCUUAUGAAAACCAGAACAACUUGGUCAACAAAACUGUAGAAUUUGAGAAGAUUAUACCUAUUGAAGCCCCUCCUCUUGGUGUUGCCAUACUGAGCUAGUAUGAGACAUGGCAAGGAAUCAUUGCGCGACAAUGAAGAUUAAUAAAACUUUCACGUGAAUGAAAAAUAUGCCUGCUGUAUAAUUUUAUUCGGGCAAUGCUUUAUGUAGAUUAGGCUUUCAAAAAGUGUCGCAUAUUUUAUUACUUU